AUGGCCACAUUAACCCCGCUCCUUGAAGUAGAGCGCCUCAGUGCUUUACACUACAAGUCCCAAGGCACCAACACAUACCUUAUCGGGCGGGGGAAGCAGCGUAUCCUCAUAGACACCGGCGAAGGCAAGCCCACGUGGGCAAGUAGAUUGAAAGCAGUGCUUUCCGAGGAACGAGCCACUAUCCACCAGGCGCUGCUCACACACUGGCACCCUGACCAUGUCAACGGAGUCUCGGAUCUGCUUCAAAUUUGCCCAGACGCUCAGAUCUUCAAGAACAAGCCAACUAACGGACAAACGGAAAUCCAAGAUGGGCAGGUAUUCCGCGCCGAGGGCGCCACCUUGACGGCAUUCCAUACUCCGGGCCAUGCAGUGGACCAUAUGGUGUUUAUCUUAGAAGAAGAGAAUUCCAUGUUCACAGGCGAUAAUGUCCUGGGUCAUGGCACAGCAGUGUUCGAAGACCUGAAGGUAUAUAUCCGCAGUUUGCAGCGUAUGCGCGACCGGGUCUCAGGCCGUGGAUAUCCUGGUCAUGGAGCAGUGAUCGAAGAUGCAACAUGCCGAAUUACGGAAUAUAUUGAGCACCGUCAGCAGCGGGAGGAUGAGCUGCUGCGAGUGUUACGAUAUGGAAAGGUAGACGUCUCGGUCGGCGCCACGCCGGAGCGCAAGGGGUGGACGCCAAUGGACCUGGUUAAGCUAAUCUACAAGAAUGUACCUGAGGUUCUGCAUCCCCGCGCAUCGCAUGGGGUACUGCAGGUGUUGAUGAAAUUGGAGGAUGAGGGGCAGAUCGUACAUGAAGAUGGACAGUGGAGUAUUGAGAAGUCGGCAUUAUAG